CUUGUACUUAUAACACGCUGUCUUCUCGAUUUCGCUUUCUGAAAGGCCUACGGGCGAUUCCUCUCGCAGCCGCAUCUGCUUCCCUUCCAGAUCGCACGUACUCAAAAAUGGCACCGCUCACAAACGGUAAAGUUCCAAAGAGCACGACAAUGCAUUCAAAAGUCGUCAUCAUCGGUUCAGGUCCUGCAGGUCACACCGCCGCCGUUUAUCUCGCGCGCGCGAACCUCAACCCUGUCCUCUUCGAGGGCUUCAUGGCAAAUGGUUUCGCUGCCGGUGGUCAGCUUACGACGACCACAGAUGUCGAGAAUUACCCCGGCUUUCCGUCCGGCAUCCUGGGCCCUGAGCUUAUGGACAAAUUCCGCGAGCAGUCUAUUCGCUUCGGCACCCAGAUCAUUACAGAGACCGUUUCCAAGAUCGAUCUCUCUGCGCGCCCAUUUCGCUACUGGCGAGAGAGUCAGGAAUACGAGGAACCAGAAACUGCUGAUACGAUUAUCAUAGCGACUGGUGCGAGCGCGAAGAGGCUAGGACUCAAAGGCGAGGUUACAUACUGGCAAAGUGGCAUCAGCGCAUGUGCAGUUUGCGAUGGUGCCGUCCCUAUAUUCAGGAAUCAACCAUUAGCUGUUAUCGGUGGUGGUGACUCUGCAGCGGAAGAAGCUACGUAUUUGACAAAGUACGGCUCUCACGUCUACGUCCUGGUCCGCCGUAGCGAACUCCGCGCUUCUAAAAUUAUGGCCAAGCGCCUCAUGAAUAACCCCAAGAUCAGCAUCCUCUGGAACACCGUCGCAACCGAAUGUCAAGGCGACGGCGACCUCCUCAAGAACCUCCGCAUUAAAAACGUAACGACAGGCGAAGAGCGCGAUCUCCCCGUGCGCGGACUGUUCUAUGCAAUUGGACAUGAGCCAGCUACGGCCCUAGUGCGUUCACAGCUACAAACAGACCCCGAUGGUUAUAUCAUCACUGUCCCUGGAACGACGCAGACAAGUGUCAAGGGCGUGUUCGCUGCUGGUGAUGUGCAGGAUAAGAGGUACAGACAAGCUAUUACUAGUGCGGGGAGUGGAUGUAUGGCUGCCCUUGAGGCAGAGAGACUUAUUGCGGAGGAAGAGGAGGGUAUCGAGGAAGAUUAGGAGGUCAGAAGAACUUAGAUGUAUAUACCAACGCAAUGAUUUUGCUACCCACUAUGCCAGCAGCGGUGUUGUAGGUUGGACAACGAGCACUUGAAGAAGAUUGGAGUCUCUUGUUUGCGAUCAUCGAUGCUAGCGCCUAUAUCCUCAAGUGUCUAGAUCAGUUUUGAAGCAAUUUGCCAUUCGCUGCUACGUGCGAUGGCAGAGCCUGCUAUCAUCUCCAUGACAUGGCGGCCAUGUCUAUAGGAGAAGUGCGGCGUGCGACACCAACGCGCUACGCAUAUCGGCUGGCGAGAGGAACUGAUGUAAGGCCAGCUCACUGAGCUCAAUCGUCCCUCUGCCAGCCGAUAUACUCAAUGCGUCGGACGAGAAGCAAUCAGUGCAGAAUCAAAGACGAAACUGUCGUGCAAUCUGGAUAUCAGUAGACCGAUGGGCCAACCCUUGCCAGUGGCCAAGCGAUAAGGUUUAC